CAGAGCAUAACUGCAGGAGAAUGACACAACUGUCCCCGUUGCCAUGAAUACGUGGUGGUUCACCUUUUUAUGCCUUUAGUGGGAAGAGAAUCAAAGUCCACGCUGUGACAGGACGCUCCAACUCAGAAGCCUCAUCCACGUCCUAGUCUCCUCUCUCCGGGUGAGAAAUUGCAUUCAAGAGAGGAAUUCAGAACACGCCUGCAGAACUCUCCCACUUACACACACACACACACACACACACAAACAAUCCAUGGAGCAACUAAGCAGCCGCAGCAGCCGCUCAACUGUUGAGCAAGAAGAUUCAUGUGAGACUUUGAGGGGGACUGCUAUGGAAUCAAGCCACCGAGAGCCACUCUUGCACGUGGCUGGAGGUCUGGUGCUUUGUGUGGGAGUUGCCGCUUUAGGGGUCUUUGAUGGAAUUCACACAGACGUUGGGUAUGAGCAUUAUGCAGAACCAACUGUGCCAGGAUUUCCUGCUGUACUGGCUAUGCCUGCCAAUUGCUUGGUCAACUUGGCCUACCUACUUCUGGGCUGGUAUUGGCUGCCUUCGGGUGGCAAGAAAGGCCAGGCACACUACCUCCAGGAGGUCUUUGCCCUCAUGGCAGUUGCAUAUGGACCCGUACAAUGGGUCCGGCUCUGGACACAGUGUCACCGGGCAGCAGUCUUAGACCAGUGGUUGACAUUGCCAAUUUUUGCUUGGGCUGCAAUCUGGUGCUACUUUCUGGAGCAUGGGUGGCAACCAGGUACUUUUCUGGCCAUGGAAGUGACAUCACUGGCAAGCUAUAGUCUGUCAUUGCUUCACCCCCAAGGAUUUGAGCUGGCAUUAGCAGGACAUAUAUUCACCGUGUUUUGGAGAGCAUUGAAGGUACAGAGGCUUUGGGGCAAUACCAACUCUGCCUGGAUUAUGACUCUGGGAAUAGUUUCUUGCCUGGGUUUUGUAAGCCUCAAGCUGUGGGAUCAGGAACUAGCACAGUGGACACCCUUCCGCCGGCUCACUGGCCACUUUUGGUCCAAGAUCUGCGAUGUGCUGCAGUUUCAUAGUGCCUUCCUCUUCUUCACCCAACUGGGCAGAGGACAGCUGAAGUCUCAGUGACAACCCUUUACAAACCAGAGCUUACAAUCUCAUCACCAAAGGACGUAAACUACAGCGGCAAUGACAGAGGGAUGUAAUUUUGUUAGAUUUGGAAAAAGAAACAAAAACCUAAAGGGGGUGGGAACUGCCCUGGCUUAGCUAAAUCUGCAGAAAGGCCGUAUUGGAUGGGAUGCUGGUAAGGAGCCCACUUUCCACAGUGUCACUUGUAUAUGUCCUGCCCCAGCCCUGUGUCUCCAGGCUGGUAAUGCUGCUUUUACAGCUGUGUAUUUAAGAAUAUCAGCACCCACAGGGAAGUUUCUUAGCACUCUGGGAAGUUCUGUGGCUCAGACUUUAGAUGAACUUCUAGGGCAGUGGUGGUUACUCUCCUUAGAAAUGUCAAAGUACAAAAUAGUGACACUCUAGAUCAGGCCUGCACAACAUAAGGCCCGGGGGCCGGAACUGGCCCGCAGGGACUAUUUUUGCUGGCCCCCAGGUGGGAAUAUCCUGUAGCAACAGCUGGAGCCACAAAGAGUUCAUGGCCUUUCCCACUGAUGAGCAGCCCUGGCUCAGUGUAAUUGGCCACUUGAGACCAGAUGUUCCCAGCCCCUGGACUUGAGCCGACUGACACCAUCACUCUCUUCUCUCGCCUUCCCCCCAGACUCCAACCUGCUGCCCCUCACUUUUAUUAAUAUUUUAAAUAAUGUUAUUGUUGUAAUUAAUGUGCAUAGAAUUGACCUCGGCCCCACACAGCAAGUCAUGGUUGGUUCCCACCCUCCGGGGUAUUUGAGUUGUGCACCCCUGCUCUAGAUUAAGGGUGUGUUCGAAUCGAACAGAGGCUUGGUGCUGAAUGGUGCCGCAGGGAGGGGUGCGGUGAUCAAGGGCUUUGAGAAAGAGGAGAGCAGGUCCUUGCCGCCCCAUGCAGCUUCCUGCUGGGGCCGCGCACGUUCCAAGUCCCUGCCUGCAAUGCCAGCACACACAUGGUUCCGUGCAUGCAUGGGCUUCAUUUGCAUGGUAUUGCUGACCAUGCAGAUGGCAUCUGCACAUGCGUGGAUGCCAUGUGCAUGCUGGCACCGUGCCCAGGUUAUUGGGAUACACACCACCCCAGCAGGAAGCUGCAUGGGGCAGUGGAGAGCAGGUAAGGAUGUGCUCUUCUAAAUCUUAAAGCUUCCGCUCACUACUCCCCUCCCUUCCCCUCUGGCGCUGAACCAGUUCUGACCUUGUCCAAACCAGUUCAGAGCCAAACCUGUGCUCAAACCUUGCUUCAUGCACACCCUUUUUCUAGAUCCCACUGCCAGUAUAUAUGUAACUCCCUCAUUCCUUGAAGUGGUUUUGCUUCUAGCUUACUGAACCAGGGAGCUGUACAGCACAGGAGACAGGCCACAGUUAGGCCACAGACUCUUCUGUUCAGAAAUGUUAUAUAUUUUCCCUGCCUGUACAAUGGAUUGGCCAUCCAUGCUGAAGUGGAAGAGAAUGUGGCAUUUUCUUAACUCUCAGGUUUCUUUAUCAGUCCCAUAAUUGCAUUCAGUCACAUAAUUAAUAGGUAUUAAAACAAAAAUCAUUGUUUUAACUUCUAUCAUUUUCAAGAAAAUAUACUUUAAAUUUAGCCUGUCAACCGUGGAGACUGAACAUGCACCUUCUUGGAUGAUGCAGUUAUGGCAUCACUUUCUUGUUCUGCUCUGGGACAGUUUUACUGCAGCUUAUUCUGCUGGGCUUUCUCUGCAUUGCUUUGGUGCCAUCAGGUCCUAAAAUUAUUAAGUUGAGAAACUACAUGGGGGGUGGAGUAUUCAUCCAACCAAGUAACGAGGUGGCUGCGGCUCUAAUUUGGGUGGGAUACUGCUGGGGCAGGGGAACUGAGGAACUCUUCGAUACUACAGGCCUUUGGUAUUAUGAAGCCGUGGCAGCUCUGGUUUGGGGAGAUACUGGAGCAGGGCUAAGGAAGUCUUUCUCAGUUUCUGCACUGGAGAUGAUUUAAUGAGAGAUGCUCGAGCUCUUUCAAAAACCAAAAACACAACCAUUAGGCCCCAUCCUUGAGCUCUCUGACUCCCUCCGAGUCUCAGGAUUACUAUGUCGGGUCUUUAAAAGUAGUGGGACCAAGCUCAGCAAGUCCAAUGCAGCCCCUGGAAUUGUGUUCUGAAAAAAAAAAAGAGGGAAACCAAUGCCGAUGCUGGAGUCUUGUUCUAAAGUAUGUUCCAUCUCUCCAAGGCCUUUAGAUGCACAAACUUGGCUCCACGGCUGUGUCCAGAAGAUCAGGUUGUAACAAAUAAAUAUUUAAUUUCUGUCUGUCGUAAAAACAUCUGGUUGUAGUGAAUGCUUGACAUGCCUUCCACAUAUUCUCAUCCAUAGAAAGACAUAUUCAAUAAAGGCUUAGUGACUGCCAUUGAUGCUUCUGUAACCCUGAGACGAGAUAAGGGCAAUAUGCUCUUGUACGGUUGCCUUUGAUGGUUUUUAUUUCCAGUCCUCCCUAAAAUACACCUUAACAUGGAA